AUGGAUACUACGAAUAAAGACCCAGAAAAGAAGGAGGAUGAAAAUGGUACAAGAAAGACGGUCGAAGUAGAAAAUGGCUUACUUACAAGGAUUUUGACCAUCAUUAGUUAUGAUUUAGUGCUUUGGUUCUUCUCAGCGGUUAUUCACACAUUUUUUAGAGAAGUAAAGUCCAGAGGAACAUUCAAUAUCCCCAAGAAGGGAGCAAUUGUGUUUGUUAUUGCUCCUCAUGCUAAUCAAUUCAUUGAUCCUAUAGUGGUGAUGUCUUCUGUGAAACAAUAUUCCAGAAGACGUAUUGCUUUCUUGGUUGCAGCGAAAUCGUACAGAAGAAAGUUUAUUGGAACGGGGGCAAAAUUCACGGGGGCGAUACCAGUGGAAAGAGCACAAGAUCUUCUAAGAAAGGGGACGGGAACAAUCAAACUUCAGGACCUAGAAGAUGGGACUAUAGUUGAAGGUGAAGGAACUUUAUUCACAAAGGAAUGCAUGAAAAAGGGUUUGAUUGGAUUACCAGAAUCGCUAGGCAAUGCAGUGAUCGAAUCUAUUGAAUCAGAUACUAAGUUGACGUUGCGCAAAACGUUCCAGAUAAACGUAUCGGAUCCCAAAGAAGCAGACAAGAGACGUAUACAGCGCUUGACAGAAGGUACGCCCUUUAAGGUAGCUCCACAUGUUGAUAACAACUGCGUUUUUCAACAUGUUUUUGACCAUUUGAACGGAGGUAACGUAUUGGGAAUGUUUCCUGAAGGGGGUUCACACGAUAGACCUGAUUUAUUACCAUUGAAACCAGGGGUAGCGAUCAUGGCAUUAGGGGCAGCAGCGAAAUCGGAAGAUCCUGAUGCCGUAAUAAACGUAAUACCUGUCGGGAUGAAUUAUUUCCAUCCUCAUAAAUUUAGAUCUAGGGCUGUUAUCGAAUUUGGUAAGCCUAUCAAGGUUGAUAAGAAAUUAGGAAAGAAAUACGAGGAAAAUCCUAAGGAUUCAGUUGCAAAAUUAAUCGAUGUCAUCACUCUAGGUUUGAAAGAAGUUACAGUAACAUGUGGGGAUUACGAUACCUUAAUGGCAUUACAAGCGGCGAGAAGAUUGUAUACUUCGUCAAAUAGAGAGUCAAUACCUUUGCCUCUAGUUGUGGAAAUGAAUAGGAGAUUAGUCAAGGGGUAUCAAAAGUAUUCUAAUGACCCUGAUGUCAUCGAGAUGAAAACCCUUGUUAGUAAUUAUAAUAAGAAAUUAAUGAGAAUGGGAUUACAUGACCAUCAAGUCGAAUCUUUAACUGAAACCAAUAGGAUUCACACUUUUGUUACAUUUGCCGCCAGAUUAUUUAAGGUGUUUUUGUUCUUAGGGUUGAGUAUGCCAGGAAUCUUCCUUUUUUCACCCGUGUUCAUCGUUGGUAGAAGAAUCGCCAGAAAAAAGGCGAAAGAAGCAUUAGCUGGCUCAGUGGUUAAAAUUAAAGCUAAUGACGUAUUGGGAACGUGGAAAAUCUUAGUUGCAUUAGUUUUGGCACCUUCGUUGUAUAUUUUCUACUCCAUCAUUGGAACCUUUUUGAUUAUCAAACUGAACAUCACUAAGGACAAGGUUCCAACAGUUAUAAUUUUCUUGGUAUGUUACGGAUGGUCUGUUUUAACUACGUACGCGUCCUUGAGAAUUGGGGAAAUUGGGGUGGACUAUUACAAGUCGUUAAAACCAUUAUUCUAUUCGUUACUUAGUCACCAUAAGGACAUCAUCCAAAUUGAAGAUUUGAAGAGAAACAGAACCCUUUUGGCGGAGAAAGUCACAGAAUUUUGCAAUUCAUACGGACCCUCUAUGUUCGAAGACUUCGACAGAUUUUACCGCCAAUACAAUAACAUUGAAUCAAGCGAAUAUGUUAACGAGUCCGAAUCAGAUAUCGAGAACGUACCUGUGAGUAACACGGUGAACCGUCCUAGUAUGUCAUUAUUGAGAUCUGCAUCGUUUAACAUCAACAAUUUGGCCGAUGUUCCAAUUUUCUCCAUUCCAGGUUUCCUGGACUUGCAGUCAGAUGUUGGAGAUGAUGGCUCUAAGGGUGAACAUGAAAGUGACGAAUCGUCUUCCUUUGACACCAGUGAUAUCGAAGCCAGCGAUGUGGGCGAUCUACAAAAGAGCAAAUUAAGAUUAAGGAACGCCAUGAAAUCAAAGUUUAAUGCCGAAAACAACCCUUAA